AUGGUGCAGGGCCGUGGUAGGUGCUGGGCUCUGCUGGGCCUGCUCUUGAUCUGCCUUCACUUCUCAGGUACAUAUGCCUGGAGCAUCUGUAUAGUGGAGGAGAAAGUUCCCCAAGACUUGGGGACCAACUUGUCUCUGCUUGGACAGCCUUCCUUGACCAGCCUCAACCCCAAACAUCAUCAGACCAAAUCAGAUCCUAUGGCUAGUGAUUUAGCAAGGGUUCUUCUGAAGCCCAAUGCUAUUCCAUCAGAUGACUCCCGACCAGGAGGUCCUGGGGUUCAGUGGUGGACCCCAUCUGGGUGGCUGCCCUGCAUGGAUUCCUGGCCCUUUGAGGAUCCUUAUCAGAUCAUGGCUGCUGCUGAGGAUCACCUGGGGGAAGUGCUGCCCAAAGAACCCUCUUUCCCUUCCAGUGCGACUGCCCUCCCUCUGGGAGACAGUCCUUUGCCUGUGGGGUCCUUGGCACACUCUGCAGGACCCUCACCUGUGGCUUCAGUCUUUCACCAGGACUCUGAUUCUAGAUGGCCAUCUCGUUCUAAUGUGCUGGGAGCCCAGGGAGAAAUCCUUGUCUAACACCCACCUUGGUCUCUCAUCAACAGGAUUCAACACCAACUUCUGCCAGGUCACCCCUGGGGGACACUGACUCCCACUGUGUCCUGGGGAAGUGCAGGUCCUAGAAGUGGAUGGGGAACCAAGCCUAUGCCACACCCUGUGGGAAUCUAAGGUAUCAAUAGUCAAUACCCAAGUAGUAGCUGGGGGAAUAUUAAUCAGUAUCGAGGUACCAGCUGGGGGAAUAGUAAUCGGUAUCCUGGCACCAGCUGGGGGAAUAUUCAUCAACACCCAGGCAUUAAUAAUCAAUUUUCUCCCAGAGUUCACCAUCCUCCUGGCUCUUUUGGAAAAAUCCCAGCUGGCUUCCCCAAUUCUCAAAACCCUGGGUCACUGUGGGGGAGGAGAAUGGCCGUGGCAAGCUCCAAGGUGGAAUACCACAAGGACAGUGACUAG